AUGAAGGUGAAUAUAGUAGACUGGCACGGUGUAGCGACAUGGCAUUGGAAAUUGGCCUCAAACGAUGGAAAAGCGGGCUAUGUAGAUGAGUUGUGUGGGAUCUGUCGUGUUCCCUUUGAUGGCACAUGUCCCAAUUGUAAGUUCCCUGGAGAUGACUGUCCACUUGUCCUAGGUAGAGGCUGCAUCCAUAACUUCCACGUCCAUUGUAUUCUCAAGUGGCUAGAACAAGAGGCAUCGAAGGGCUUGUGCCCCAUGUGUCGUCAAGUUUUCGUGCACGAUCCUGAAGAUAAUCCACACUCUGAAGAGUUUGAGUACUUGCAACAAUUAGAAGACGGGCAUCGGCUCUUGCGAGAGAAGGGAGAAACCACCUACGAAGAGUAG